AAGGCACCCGGAAAAAGAAGAAAACAGUCAGCUGACUUGACUGUUUGUGUUGAGUAGUUUUUGACAGUUUAAAGGCAGUUGUUUGGUCAUUUCGUUUAUUGCAUUAUCAUAAGUUAGGGAGUUUUAGCUAUGCUACGACCAAAGGCGUUAACGCAGGUUCUCAGCCAAGCGAACACAAACGGAGUCCAAAGCACACUCUUGCUGAAUAAUGAAGGUUCACUUCUGGCUUACUCUGGGUACGGGGAUACUGAUGCACGAGUGACAGCCGCCAUCGCUAGCAACAUCUGGGCAGCCUACGACAAGAAUGGCCACCAAGCCUUUAACGAAGACAAACUAAAAUUCAUAUUGAUGGAUUGUAUGGAGGGAAGAGUGGCCAUUACUCGUGUAGCCAACCUACUACUGUGUAUGUACGCCAAAGAGACAGUGGGAUUUGGAAUGCUUAAAGCCAAGGCAGAAGCCCUGGUGCAGUACCUGGAGGAACCAUUAACCCAAGUGGCAGCAUCAUAGCGGAGAUGUGACGGAAGCUCUGCCUGUCGCAAAAGCAUCACAAGAUCCAGGUCAUUCAUGGGCUACUGUAACAUUUUGUGUACAUGCAUAUAUUUAGUGUGAGUGAGUAAACGUGUGUGGGGUGGGGGAUGGGCAGUGUAUUUAUAAUCUAUAUAUAAACUAUUUGCCCUUCCUUGUGACUCCGUUUAUGUAAUAAAUGACCUGUUCUCCACAUAAUUUGUCAUUAAAAGGCUGAUUGAUUCAAA